CAUAAUUUCUGCUUUUCUGGCUGUUCCGUCAAUUGAACGUACAUCAACCUGCGCAUUAUUGCGCGUUCGUGUGCGUUUCAAGGAAAGUUUUACAAUUGGAAACCCCCCUUCGCCACCACACCCUAAUGUUAACCGUAUGACUCUAUAGUCGAAGCUGAAUUUGCGAAUUUUGAACAAUUCGCUCGGAGUAAGACAAGUUGAAACUGGGACCGUGCCCCCGACGCUUAUUGAGAGGAAUUGGGGGACGGAAGGGGGGACAGUAGUGAUUCUGGACUGCUUCGCCGGACGGAAGGACCGAGCGACAACUAUUGACUGGCGAGCGAGAACGACAAUCUCCUCGUCAAAAUGGCGUGCUGUCUAACAGAGGAAUUGAAAGAGCAGAAGCGAAUUAACCAAGAAAUUGAACGCCAGCUUCGCAAGGACAAGCGGGAUGCUAGACGCGAGUUGAAGUUGCUUCUAUUAGGGACAGGGGAGUCCGGGAAGAGUACCUUCAUAAAACAGAUGCGAAUUAUCCAUGGCGCAGGCUACUCUGACGAUGACAAGCGCACCUUCAUCAAAAUCGUAUACCAGAAUAUCUUCAUGGCUAUGAAUGCCAUGAUCAGGGCCAUGGAGACUCUCAAGAUCGCUUACAGAGAUGUCAACUCCGUAAAUAAUCAGACAGAUAAUGCAAUGUUGAUCCGAAAUGUUGACUAUGAGACGGUGACAACGUUCGAACCCCAGUAUGUGGAAGCUAUAAAGUGUCUGUGGGCAGAUCAAGGUAUCCAGGAGUGUUAUGACAGACGUCGAGAAUACCAGCUCACCGACUCUGCUAAAUACUAUCUGAACAAUGUGGACAGAAUAGCAGCACCUGAUUACCUACCCACGUUACCCGACAUCCUCCGCGUGAGAGUACCCACAACCGGCAUCAUAGAAUAUCCAUUUGAUUUGGAUAGUAUAAUAUUUAGAAUGGUUGACGUGGGAGGACAGAGAUCCGAGAGACGGAAGUGGAUCCACUGUUUUGAAAACGUGACGUCCAUCAUGUUCUUAGUAGCCUUAAGUGAAUAUGAUCAAGUGUUGGUAGAAUCAGAUAGUGAGAACCGAAUGGAGGAAUCGAAAGCGUUGUUCCGGACGAUUAUCACCUACCCCUGGUUCCAGAACUCCUCCGUCAUCCUCUUCCUCAACAAGAAGGAUCUGUUAGAAGAGAAGAUUAUGCACUCUCAUCUAGUCGACUACUUCCCUGAGUUUGAUGGUCCAAAGAAAGAUGCUGGAGCAGCACGCGAGUUCAUUCUUAAAAUGUUUGUGGAGCUCAACCCUGACCCGGACAAAAUAAUCUACUCGCACUUCACCUGUGCUACAGAUACGGAGAACAUCCGAUUUGUAUUUGCGGCGGUGAAAGACACCAUUCUUCAGUUGAACCUGAAGGAGUACAAUCUGGUCUGAAGACGGGUUGAGCCGGGCAGCUUAAAGUUGGCAAUUAACGUCUUUUUGUGAAAGUGUCCUUGAUCGCUGAUCGAUUCAUGAUGCAGUUGAUUCAGCCAGUACUACUGGUGUCGCCAUUACGUCAAGUCUCCUUUGACCUGCACAGUCCCCCCCCUCCCCCCCCUUACCUUGAAACGAUUGAUUCCUGUGCGUACGUUGUGACAAGCGUCUAUCUCUGCAUCUCUCUCGCACUUGCCAUCGUCAUCAAUAUAGAUGGAUGUUUGUGAUAUUAUCUACUGUCCCAGUUAGCGGACGACCACGUUAACAGUUUGACGUAUACAGAGACUGUUCGGCUUGGAACAUGGGCAGGGGAGGGAGGGAUGGGAUGGGAAUGAGGUAUUGAAGCCAUGUAGUAUCGUGUAGUGGAGUUUUGGCUUUCUCUGACAGCACAGAACUACCACUUGCCCAGGAUCCGCGCCACAGUAUCAGUCAACCUUCAUUAAACCUGUUUCUUCUUCUGUCACAAUGUUUUUGUUUCCACCUGACUGCAAGCCACGUGUGACACCCCGUCUGACUGGCAGACGCUAAGUGGCAGCAUCUGUUGUUAUUGUUGUUGAAUACAAAACCAUGGACAACUUUCUGCCAUUUUGAUAAUUCAACAACACAACCACCUCUUUCUUACCCAGUUUGGGUCGUCAUCUCACGGACUGAAGGUACGAUCCAGGAAAUGUCGAAGAGGGGGAGGGAGGACGGAGAGCGGGCCAGUCGCACUUAGCGACUGUUUUUAAGUGCGACUGAUCUAUUUCCAGCUGUCUUGCUGGCACCGAAAUUUGCUUGAAGGGCAUGUUUAUUUGUGAGUCCACACCGAGCUGAACCUGCUCAUCAGAGGGCCCAGGACCAUUCAGAAGGGCUUGCAGGCAUGUGGGAGGUCAACCUUGACCCUCCUGUGUCGUCACAGUAACAAGUUCACAGAAGAGGAAGACGUGAAAUACAUACUGACUUUGUCCCUCUGAAGGUGUAUGCUGGGGCACGGUACGGAUCGUCUACGACGCCUGCACGUCGUACACUUCCCAUUUGUAGGUACAGAAAAUUGUACAUAGCUUUUAACAGUGGACAACACUUGUGUUUGUUCCUUACCGGAAAAUGUGUCAACUUCUUAUGUUUGUGGUGUCAGCUUGUGUUUAUAUCUAAGUACAACUCCUCAGUGACUGUGUGCUCAGAGCAAUACACCAUCAGCCCAUUUUGUUUACCUUUCUAACCAUCCUCCACCUUGUCCACAGUGGACAGGGUCCGUAGGCCAAAUUACUCAAAUUGGACGUUUCUUUUACUUUGGUGUAUUUCUCCGAGCACUUAGAUUGCAAACACUGAUCACUACUGACCAUGAGAAUGAUAAUGUAUGUGCAAAAGAGGACUGUAUAGUAAUUGUUGUGUGAAAAGUUCUUGUGUAUAACUGUGCUGCCACAAUUUUCAUACCACCUGGAUCUAACAGGCCGUUACUCGCUUUUGAUACAUAUUGACUGUCUACGUGUAAGAAAAGUAGUGUUAAUAUUUUGAUGUCCAGCUGUGUGAAUGUUUAUAAUUAUUAUGGUGAAUUUGAUUAUAAUAAUUAUUAUUAUUACUACUAUUAUUGUAAUUAUGAUGGUUUAUCGCCGUGGAGAUAUAUCAAGGAGAUCUGAUUCAGGAUGUGGGUGCCUCGUGGAGCAUGUUGCUGCAUGGCUGUGGAGUCAGUACCCAGAGGUGGGACUCCCAAACAGAAGGACUAUGUAGGUGUUCCAGCACUGACCAAGUUUACCUGCAUGCAGGGAUCUGCAGGAAUUCUCUGCCAGAAGGAGUGCCCUGCAGACAGGAUUAGCACGAGUGACACAAACCCAAAUACUUGUCUUGUGACCGGCAUUUUAUGCUUACAUUUUGAAAAUGGCUGUAUCUGGCAUUUAACAAUUGACUGUGUCCUGGGCUUAUGAUACACGUUGAAGGAGAGUGGCAACAUCCCCAUGUUGUCCGAGCCUUCCCCAUUGACCAGAAGACCAAGGCUAUCUGCAGACCGUGUGUUGAUUGACCAUUGACACUUCAAUACUGCCACAGGCUGCUGUCUCUACAGCCAUUGACUGCUCCAGCAGUUGGUGGGAAACCAGUGAUAGCAAUUUUCGUCAAUAAUUUUUGGUUUGAAAGAAACUGAUAUUGCUUCGUAUCAUGAGAUAUUCAUAUAUCCUAGACUUAUUGUGUGUUUGGAUGAGAGUUGUCUCCCUUUGACUUUUUUACUUUGAUAGAACUAGUUUGAAAUUUCGAAAAAGGUCAUUUUAUGCUAAGGCUCGAGUUGGAAAUUGCGAGUUAGCAUAUUUGUUAUUUUCCAUUGUUGAAAGGGGAAGGGGAGAUAAGUUUGAAAGGGAGACAAUCCUUGCCAAAAAAUUUGUAAUGUAUGUAUACGUAUGCAUGUGCAAUUAGAGUUGUGCCCCUUGACUACUGGAUGUAUUGUAUGAGUGUGUGUGCAUGUGGCCUUCAUUGAGGUGUUUGUCUCCCUAUAGAUCCGACAGCCUGUUCUGGAGGAAGAAGGACUUGAUGGGUUAAAUAGGCACAGUGCACACACAGUUAUGACCACAAGCCUGCAUUCUUUCUACUGGCUUUUCCAAGCUAUAAGGCAGCAUACAGACUCUGAGAGACUCACUUAGGUCAGUUUCUGACUCUAGGCAAACAGACUGUCAAGCAUGCAUGGGCUAGAAUAAGUAGUUUGCUGGCAGCACAUCCAGUAAUAAAAAUACCUCAAUUGUGCAAUCUUCUAAGCCUUAUCAAAAUGUUCUAUUGACUUUGGCUAUUCAAUCCAGUUCAUACUUAAAACUGACUUAAUUUUUUAAUACUUUCAUGGCAUUCUUGUUAAAGACUCAAAAUUGAGGUAACAUUUAUUGUUAAUAAAUCUUCGCGAAUGAGAAUGAUGUUUUGUCAAAUGAACACCUCCUACUUAAGCUAUUUAGACUGUUUUUUUAUUACUGAUUACCGAAUUCAACUUUUCACACGAACUAUGCUGACAACUCCCUACUGUAUGUUCCUUGUGGGUAUGAUGACUCGUGUAUUUCUGUUGUACGUAGUAGUGUUUCUAAUUGGUUUCAACAGAGCUGAAUUCAGUCGAAUUUGAAAACCUGAGCAUUUGUAUGUGUGUGUACAUUUUAUAUCAGAAUUAAUCAAGUAUGAAUGUUGUGAGCCCUGAGUUGCUUCUGCAUGUCAAUUACUGUAAGUCGAGACUUUUUCAAAUUUACGCAAUUGCCUUUGGACUAGACAAAAUUGUCACCCUCAAACCAUGUGUACUCCUUCACCAGGCUGACCAGGUCGUGGCGAACUUGUACAACGUCUCCUGGCUGACUGUUGUCAUGGAGAUGUGAAAGUACACAUGGCUGUAUUUUGACUUUUGCAAUUGCAUAAGAAAGUAGAUUUAAUUCAUUUGGUGAAGUGUGCCACCGGUAGACUCCUCCCAGUCAUUAGAUGUCUGUACACGGUUUGUGUACCUGUGUUUAACACAAGCCGGGAGAGAGCUUCAUGCAUGUACAGCGAUUCACCUUGAUACAUUUGUGUAUAAAUAUAUAAAUACCUUCUUCAUGUCUGUGGGAGGCUGAGUGAUUGUGCCCCGUUUUAGAAUAAUUACUUGUAACAGGUGGAAGGUAAGUAGCAACUUUUCUACACGGAACAUUCAUAUGAUGUGCUCAACUAAGCCACUGGAAUAUAUCGCUGUUACCACUCCUAGUCACCUUGGGAGGAAGGGUAUCGAAUGUACUCUGUAGCACCACACACGAGUCCGUUCAGCAGCUGGAGUCCCUUUAGAUUUGUGGGCCAUAUUGGAGGUUUUUUACAUCUGAGAAAGGACGUUGGUUCGUCCUCUUCCCAGCUUUUGGUCUCUUUAGAAUUUUGGGUUUUGGAAGAGAAAAUGAUUGAAACGUUGCCAAGGACACAGCUUGUUUUCCAUUUGUGCUGCCUGAACGGACUCAUGUGUGGACUUGUACAACUCACAUCAUUUGAUCAUGACUGAUGUUUGUUCAUGGAAUGCAUCCUGUAUUUAUGGCUUAUUUCUGGUGAUUGAGUGAUAGGUCCCAUGGCUUCUGUAGCAGCCCGUGUGUUGAUUUCAUUGUUUAACUAGCUGUUUGUGAUUGCAUGGGGAACAGGUGUCUCCCCUACAUAGUUCUACAGAGUUGUGUCCCAUUACACUGCCCACUUUUGUUGCCAUUGCCAAAAUGUAGUGUGGAAAAUAGGACACUGUUUUGAAACAAUGUUUGCAAUUGGAUUUGAAUAAAGCUCCCUUAACGUUAAUGUCAAAAUUGUCUCGGACCUCAAGAAAGUUUUGAGAGAAACAUGAAGCCUCUUUGUAUUGUGGUAUAUAUGUUAGUGAUAAUGCAAUGUUACUUUAAUUGACCUAGUUCAAUCCCAGAAUAACUACCAACAACUAGUGCCUAGCGUUAUCUCUGUUUGUCAACUCUUGUGUCGCAACCAUGGACUUCUUCAUCAUAGGAAGCAGGAUCUUUUAUAUGCCAGUGUCCUAUUGUUCAAUAGUGUAACUGUGAUUUUGUAACAAGUUUGACAUGUUUGUUUGAAUGGGCCAGGUGCAACAUAUAUAUCCUUUCUGCUAGAGAGACCCGGAUUCUCUUCUUGUCCCGCACUGUUUGGAUCUAGUUUAGAUUGGUCAGGUGCACCUGAUGGUGUGACAUGAUCGAUGUUGUUGUGAAGCGACAUGCUAGAUCUUUCCUGUUCUGGGGCAUACAGGGCUAAGGAGCGCCUCUCUGGAUAAUUAAUAUUGGAGCAGUUCACACUGAAAUGUAGGGACUAUUUGAAUUAUUUGGGCUUUUUGCAUAAUGUAAGCGUAACUGGAAGUGUUUGAAACAGGUCUUUUCUAGUCUUGAGGGAGGUGGUGUCCGAUUUACAAAUUGCGAAUGAUGUUCUUCUAACUUUAGACCCCCCUGUCUUGCAGGUAAAGUUAGGAGUGCCAUUUCAAAAUUUGCAAAUCUGAAGAGAAACCUCGGUGACUUGAUUUUGGAAGAUGCCAUAAUGGAUGAAAUCUUCUUUUACAAAAGCCCCAACAAAUAAGCUAGGAAUAGUGGAACACGCCUCUGGACAAAAGAGUGCUGGUGUGAAAGGACCAGGAUGGUGUCUUGGAGCCAGUGAAGGGUCCUUUUGGGCCGCAUGGCAUCCUGGGCAAAACAUGGCGUCCUGGUGACCAUGAACUUGCAGGACGUUUUGUCUUAGGACAAGAUUGGCAUCAUGACACCCAAGGACAGAUGCCGAGGCUACUGUGCAAUAUGGUGAUGACUGUUUCGAGCUUUCUGUUGGUUGAGCUGUCCCACAAUAGAGAAAGUUUCGCCCUAUUUCUGAGUGCAUAAUUUGACCAAGUGCUUAACUUGAAUCUCAUAUUUCAUGGUGUUUUGUCCACACAUAAUACAAAUGCGAUCUCAGAAAGAUGUCUGCAUUUUUAUGGUAAGCUGGAAUUUUUAAAUCCCCGACUUGUUAAUGGCAAUUGUUCUCGCCUAUUUCAAACUUGAGUUUGGGCACAAAUUGGGAGGCAUAGAAAGUGUUAAAUGUGCAACUGACAACCUACUGUAAAUUUGUAUGUAAUAUGAAGUGCUUGUUUAUUAUUUAAUAAUUGGAAGUUUGCUCAAUAUGAACUGCAUUUUGUAGACUGAUUUAUAAAUAUUGUGACCUGGAGGCAGCAGUGUCAGCUGUGUCUCUCCCCCCACCAGUUGUCUCCCUUGGACUGGCUACUUGUGGUUGCCUGUCCAGUCUGUUGCUCUGUAUAAAGGCUCAAGUUUGCACUAUCUGGUUAUUACACAGUGUUCAUUUUCUCUGUAAAUGUAUUUGUACCACAGUGCAUGUAUGUAAGUAUGUAUGUAUGUAUUCUCGGGGUUCUGUUGCUAUGGCAACAGGUACUCUGUUCAACAAGUUUCUGGGAUUUGUUUUGCAUAUUGAAGAGCCAUUUUAAGCUCCAAUAUGGAGUACCAGUGGGUUAGUCGCGGACCCUAUCAGGUGAUCAUUGUAUUAAGAGCAGACAGUGUUAUUAAUGUUGAUAAUCAUGGUAGGGAAUGUAUUUUGUAGCGCUUUUUGUAGUCUCGUUGCCAUGGAAACGUGAUGCAUGGGUGCGUCAUCAAAAACUCUGUUACGCAAUUUAUCUUAUUGACUAUGCGCCAAUGAUGUGUCAUUUUGUUUGAAUGAUGUGAAAAUAAUCUCAUUUUUUAAAUACAACAUUAAAAAGUGGCACUGA